ACCACCGCCGCCGUCCACCCUCACCACAUCGCCCAGCCCAGCGCUCACGUGCCGUUUUCCGCGCCGCACCCCCUCGACGCCGUCUGCAGCACCUCCCCCUGCCAGCGCCGCCGCCCGCGACCGGCCACGACUCUGCAACGCGUCGCCCACGCCACGCUCCGUCACCAUGCCUGCCCGCAAGCGCGCCGCGAGCGAGAUGGACGUCGACGAGCAGCCCGAGCCGCCGACCACAUUGCGCCGCCUGCGCAGCAUGUGGCAGUUCGCCAACCUCGCCCAGUACAUCGCCAUCUUCGGCGACGCCGUCAAGAUCGAUAAGGACUUCGACAUCGAGGAACUCGAGUCGGAGUGCCUCAAGCCAGGGCCGUCCGAGAAGCUCGCACAGAUUGGGCUGGCGCUCCUGAAGCAUGUCUCGUCGCACAAGGGUCUAACGCCGGCCAUCUUCGACGAAUACACGCGCCGCCAAUUCGUCGCCAAAGCCCCCGAGCGAAACCCCUUCGGCGAGGACGAGGAGCCCAGCCGGUUCGACGACUUUGACGUCUUCACCAAGAUUCGCGUGCUGCAGCAACUCUCGACAUGGACAUUGAACAACCCCAAUUCGAUACGAGAGAAGCUCGCCGCGACCGACAGCGAACAAACACUAUGGCGCAUGGAGCCCACCGGCUGGGACUCGCAGGACCGAGUUCUGUUUGUCCUAGAUGACAACCGCAUGUAUCGCCGAACCGACCCAGCGCCCCCUGCGCCUUCGCAGAAAGCCAAAGCCAAACCCAAGCCAAAGGCGAAGAAGGCAGCGAGAGGCACCCGUGCCAGCAAGCGUCAGAAACAGUCCACACCCGAGACUGCAGACGAGGGCGAGGAAGAGGAGGCCGCAGCAGUACAAGAGGUGGACGUGGUCGGGGACGAUGGUCUUGGUGGCAUGAAGUGGGAGUGCCUCUGCGUUACGCUGGAAGAUUACCGUGAUUAUCUUAGCAGCAUCCGCAAGAGCCGUGAUCCGAAUGAGAAGAUGUUAUACAGGCGUCUUGAAGAAGAGGUACUCCCUGUCAUGGAGGGGCUGGCUGACGAGCAGGCUCGGAAACAAGCUCGCAAGGCAAAGGAGCUGGAGAACCUGCAGAAACUUGCGACGGCGAAGCGCUCUUCGCGCAUAUCUGCGAGGGUGGAGAAACAAAAGGAGGUGGAAGAAGUCCAGGCCGCAGAACGCAAGAGACGGGAGGAGGUUGCUAUGGCUAGGGCUGAGCAUGCGAAGCAAAAGAAGCUGGAAGACGCGCACGAUUCUCGCCGCAUGACAAGAGAGCAGCGUCUGAGGGAACGCGAAACUGCAAAGGUCCUGAAGGAGGAGGAGCUCCGCAAGCUGCAAGAGAACGAGCAGAAGCUGGCCUCCAACAACGCUCGAUUAUCUGAACGACAUCUCAAGGCCAUGAUGAAGCAACACGAGGCCGAUCUCAAACGACUCAACGAGGAGGAAGACUGGUUCUUCGACUGUGAGAAGUGCGGUGUAUACGGGUCUAAUCUGAAUGAUAAAUCGCCGCAGGUGUCGUGCGAGAAGUGCAACGUCUGGCAGCAUGUCAAAUGCCAUGGCAUCUCGGAGGAGGAAGUGGAAGAUGCUGGGUUCGAGUUUGUCUGCACGUCGUGCAAGCGCAAGGAGGAGGACGCACACCAGCCAAAGCUGCCACCGCUGAAGCUGCGAAUGACGUCGGCAUCCCCGUCGCAGGGAAACGGCGAAGAGUCGUCGCUUUCACGUCGUCUGGAGUCUGUCAAGCUCCCUGCGCCGCGACCUACCUCAUCGCAAAGCCACCAGCCCCAUUUCCAGCCCCAGCCUUGGGUGGACGGCCCGAGUCUGUCUCCUCGCGGGCAGGCUCGGGGCCCUCCUGGCAUACAGAACUCGGAGGCUGCGUACGGGUCGCCUUCUCGCAUCCCAGACGCGAGCUCAUCGCCAAUCCGACAGCGGCCGGCAUCGUCCUCGCGCCCAGCGGAUCUUUCCUUCAAAUCAAACGGCAUGGGCUCCUCCCCACCACCCUUCAACCUGCCACAGGGACCGGCGAGUCCUUUCAAGAGCAUACGCAUGCCGCUCCCUCAGAACGGCAGCUCGUUUGGCCUACCCAAUCCGUUCGGCCCGUCGCAGCACACCCCCAUUGCGCAAAGCUUCAACCAGAGCUUCAACCAAAGCUUCAGCCGCCCCGGCACCGCCGCUGGAUCUGCUGGCUCGCCCGUCAAACACUCGCCCGCAAACUCCCCUCGCCCCACCAACGGCCUGCCAGCCAUGUACAACUUCAACAGCCCGCACUCGUCGUUCCCGCCCAGCUCCGCGCAGCGCCCGUCCUUCUCCCCGACCAAACACAGCUCGCCCGCGCCCAUGCCGCACAUGUCCUCGCCCGCGCCCGCGCCCGUCCGCAUCGCGCCCUCGCCCUCGCAAAUGCCCGCCCAGAUGCUGCCCGACGCCAUCCCCGCCCCGCUCAAGCACGACGGCGCCCGCCCCGCGAGCUCCCACGCCCUCAGCGACACCCCCGUCUUCCCGCCCUCGACUAGCCUCGAGCCCGCUCCCGCCCCGCUCAAUCUCAGUCCCCCCGUCAAGAAGAGCAGUCCCGCCCCCGACCGCCACCGGCUUGCGCCCCUGGGCCACAGCGCGAGUCCGUCGCGCUGAAGGGGGGCUGUUUGUGUUGUUUCUGUCUCCUAGUGUUUGAAUGCUCUGGAUUGUUGCUUUGGCGUUGCAGGCUGGUUCUCUGCGGUAUUGGUGCGGUUGGGUAAAACGGCGCGGCUUGGAUUUGUCGGUUCUUGCGGUUUUGCAUGCGCGGGUUUGGGGUCGGGGUCGGGUUCAGGCGCGGGUAGACGGGCGCGGGUAAU